AUUAGGAGCUGUUGUUUCUGCACAAACCCGUGGUUCCAACCUUUUCGUUCUCGAAUCUCCCAAAUCUUCUUCUUCCUCUUCUCUCUUCAAUUCCCACCCUCAUUUCUACGCUCGAUCUCGUUCCCUUUCAUCCAUAAGAUUCCAUUCUCAAAUUCUAGGUUUUAUCCACGCAUCUACCAAUUCUCAUCCCAUUCAAACGUUUCUCAAUUUCUCAUCCCAGCGUUGCGAAUUUUGAUUUGAUCCGUACGAUUAACGGUUCGUUGUGGUUUACAGAAGCUAGGUUUUGCAAGUGAUGGUGGUUGUGAUUCUGGUUAGAAAAGGUUAUCGGAGAAAGAUCAAUGAAUUCUGAUUCGGUUUUGCGAAAAUAAUGUUGUAUCUGAAGCAACCUAGAGUUCAAUUUAUGGGAUUGUAUUUUUGGAUUGUGAGGGUUUUGCAUUGUGAUGAGUCUGAAUUCUGGUGAUUUGGUGCUCGUUGCAUGCCGUUUUGGUGAUUUCCCUUGAGCCAGAGGCUCGGGGAUCUGUAAAUUAGCGAGAAUAUAGUUAUGGCUUCGUCGGAGAAUUAUGAACGUUCUCACUCUCCUUCUCUCUCUGACGAAACGCUCCCUCCUUCUAAUUUAUGUAUGCAGAAAUUUAGGCUUUACGAGACUCGAUCGAACUUUUACAUGAUUGGAAGGGACAAGAGUAGGGCAUACUGGAGGGUACUAAAGAUUGACCGUCUAGAUCCUUCUGAGCUAAAUGUGCGUGAAGAUUCCACCACAUAUUCAGAAAGGGAGUGUUCUGAUCUUUUGAGGCGGAUACAUGAGGGGAACAAGUCCACUGGCGGACUUAAAUUUGUUACAACUUGUUAUGGAAUUGUUGGAUUCAUCAAACUUUUGGGGCCUUACUACAUGCUACUUAUCACAAAAAGAAGGCAAAUUGGUGCAAUCUGUGGUCAUACAGUAUAUGCUAUCUCAAAGACUGAGAUGAUUCCAUUGCCGAAUUCUUCUGUUCGGUCUAACAUCACCGAUUCUAAAAAUGAAAACAGGUACAAGAAGCUUCUAUGCACAGUUGACCUUACAAAGGACUUCUUUUUCAGCUACUCAUACCAUAUUAUGCGUAGUCUUCAAAGGAACAUGUGCGGCGCUGAGACAGGCCAUGUCCUUUACGAGACGAUGUUUGUUUGGAAUGAAUUCUUGACUCGAGGAAUUAGGAAUCACCUUCAGAAUACUUUUUGGACAGUUGCACUAGUUUAUGGCUUCUUUAAACAGGACACACUUGAGAUAUCUGGACGGGAGUUCAUACUUACGCUCAUUGCGAGAAGAUCUCGCCAUUAUGCUGGGACUAGGUAUUUGAGGCGAGGUGUUAAUGACAAGGGCAGAGUAGCAAAUGAUGUCGAGACAGAACAAAUAGUCUUUGAGGAUGUUCCAGAAGGUUUUCCGAUCCAAAUAAGCUCUAUCAUCCAGAAUCGUGGCUCAAUCCCUCUUUUCUGGUCACAGGAAACUUCACGUUUAAAUAUUAAACCAGAUAUUAUACGUAUGUUUCCCCAUUUUAUGGAUACUUUAAUAUUAGUAAUUAGCAAAGUUAGUUCUCUCUCAUCUCUAAUUUGGCGUGUUGCUAUCCAUUUGUUUGCUUAUGUAAUUAUCUGUUCUUUCCCAGUGUCAAAGAAGGACCAGAACUAUCAAGCCACUAGACUUCACUUUGAAAAUCUUGUCAAAAGAUACGGAAAUCCCAUUAUAAUUUUGAAUUUAAUAAAGACCCAUGAGAAGAAGCCUCGUGAGGCCAUCCUUCGUCAAGAGUUUGCUAAUGCUAUAGACUUCAUCAAUAAAGAUUUGUCUGAGGAAGACAGGCUUAGGUUUCUUCAUUGGGAUCUGCACAAACAUUUUCAGAGCAAAGCUACAAACGUGUUGUUGCUUCUAAGCAAAGUGGCAGCAUAUGCAUUGGCAUUAACGGGUUUUUUUUAUUGCCAAGCGUCAUCAACCUUGAGACCUGAAGACUGUCCAAAAUGGCCACCUACAGAUGAUGCUGUUAAGAGAAGUUUUUCUCCUACCAGAAAAGCUGAUAACGAUGAUGAGGAUGCUAAUGAUUUAGAGAGGAGACCAAGUGACGAGAUCAAUGUUUCCAAUGAAAAUGGUUCUGCAAAAUCACCCAGGUUGCAAAGGGGGGUGCUCAGGACCAACUGCAUAGACUGCCUGGAUCGCACAAAUGUUGCACAAUAUGCGUAUGGGUUGGCUGCUAUUGGCCACCAGCUUCACUCUCUGGGAAUUGUUGAGCACCCAAAAGUUGAUCUUGAUGACCCUGUAGCCAAUGAUUUGAUGCAGUUUUAUGAGCGGAUGGGUGACACACUUGCACAUCAAUAUGGUGGUUCUGCUGCACACAACAAGAUAUUCUCUGCGAGGAGAGGUCAAUGGAGAGCUGCAACGCAGUCUCAGGAGUUUUUUAGAACUCUUCAACGUUAUUACAGCAAUGCUUGGAUGGAUGCUGAGAAACAAGAUGCAAUCAAUGUUUUCCUGGGGCAUUUUCAGCCACAGCAGGGUAAGCCUGCUCUAUGGGAGUUGGGUUCAGAUCAGCACUAUGACACAGGGAGACUUGGUGAUGAUGAUGCAAGGUCAUUUUUCAAAAGAUCGUUUUCAGAUGGAAACUUUCUCCGAGAUAGCUCUACACCUAUGUCAACUCCAAAUGCUAAGAAUGAAAAAACCCCAAAUCCUGGUUUACCAGACCGGUCAGGAGAUGGGAGCAAGGCUUUUUGUGAGUCAUCACCUGAAAUAUCUACUCCCGAGCCUGAGUGUGACAUUUCAUUUUCAAGAUACACUCCCUCAAUGUCUGGGAGACAGCUUUUUGUGGACAUGCAGAAAGAGCGAUGUGCUGAGACUCGUCAUAUUUACUAUUCUGAACAUGUUGAUUCCUUCACCUGCUCCAACUUUGUGGACCUGGAUUGGCUAUCUUCUUCAGGAAAUUCAUGUGAAGAAGAGCCAUACGAGAGGUCAUCUAUUACCAGCUCCCCGGUAGCUGAACUAUCUUCAGAAAAUGUUGUCAAUGGAGUGGUAGUUGGAGAAACAGCUGCCUCCACUAGUGAUUGGGCCAGCUCCAGCCUAAAGGUACCUCCAGUUAUGGGGAGUGAAGCAAGUGAAUCAGAGGCAUCCUACCGUGAUGCACAGACCAACAAUCCAGAUGAAUUUCCUGAUACUUUUGUUGAAUGGGUGACUUAUGGACAGACACUCUGCCAUUGAACUUUUGCAUGUGACCCUUUGCACUGAUAUACUAUAUAAUUGACAUUUUUUUUAAAUUGACUCGGCCUUGGCUUGGUCUAAAGAUGCUGAUUAGAAGAUUAGAGAGAGCUAAUGAUAAGGAAUCGCGGAAAGGUGAGAAACAGGAAUUUGGGUUGAUUUCUCCAUAUGAUCAUAACCUAAUAAGAAUCCUGCGACCGUUCUCAGUAAUGUUGACAUGCAGUAUUGAUUCAGUUGUGAAAAUUUCAAUCAAAUCCUGAAAGCAUAGUGCAAAAUAGUACAUAGUAAAUGGUUGUAAAAUUCUAGUUGCCUUAUCCUUUUUGUUGUUGCUGUUGUUUCCAUGGUGUUUACUGCUUUUACUCUUCUUUGGCCAGUUAAAGAUUAUACAGUAGGCGCACUUUUUGUAAAUAUUGUUGCUUAAUUGUGGGAUCUAUACUUUUAGAGUUGUAGAUAUAUUGAUUACUAUUUAAAUGA